GAUGGUACCUGCCCGUGGCUCUGGAAAAUAAAGGCUCAGGAGCCGUGUGGAAAUCGGUGUCUUACGAGGCUGUUGAAUGCAAAGGUGAAAUUGGUCCGGUACAUCAACAGACAGCGGCUGUGUAAGCUGAGUGUGCCUCUGAAUGACAGGACAGUGGAGCUCAACAGCUACCCAAGAUUCAAUGACUGGUUAGACCUCGUCAAUGUAAAGAAAGAAGUUGUACAGAGAAUCCCAGAGGAGCUAACCCUAGAUGCCUUACUGGAUAUGAAUGAGUCCAAGGUGAAAGAAACCAUGAAGAGAUGUGGGGCCAGUGACGAGGAGUGUUCCAGACUCAAUGGGGCUCUCACCUGCUUAAGGAAGGUGACCGAAUCAGGUGGGGAGUUAAAAGAAGAUCUGUUGUGGAAUCCUUCUGAUGCGCGUCGAGAGAGCACCUCUGCACACCCCGCAGAACCCUCCUGUCCUACAGGCCCCACGUGGACUCAUGGCAUGCUGCAUCUUUCGAAAGGCAACAGCCAGCAGGCACGCUCUGUGUCCGUGUCUGCUAUACCUUCUUCGGAUUCUCUUGCCUCGAGCCAAGGACCUUCGAGCUACACAGACAGCUUCCUGGAACCUUUAGCCUUCCCCUCCCACAGUGGUCGAGUAGUAUUUAGGACUCCUCACAGCAUCACCAUCACACCGCCCACGACGCCUCAGUUAAAGAGGCGACACAAAUUGAAACCUCCACGGACUCCCCCUCCGCCUUGCCGGAAGGUUUUUCAGCUGCUACCAAACUUUCCAACCCUCACAAGAAGCAAGUCCCAUGAAUCACAGCUGGGCAACAGGAUAGAUGAAGUUCCUCCUGUAAAGUUUGAUCUUCCCCAGGGAUCCCCUCAGAUGGUACGAAGAGACAUCGGCAUAUCCGUAACACACAGAUUCUCUACGAAGUCUUGGUUAUCUCAGAUGUGCCAUGUGUGUCAGAAAAGCAUGAUGUUCGGCGUGAAGUGUAAGCACUGCAGAUUAAAGUGUCAUAACAAAUGUACUAAAGAGGCCCCUGCUUGCAGAAUAUCUUUCCUUCCUAUAGCGAAAAUAAGAAGGACGGAGUCUGUCCCUUCUGAUAUUAAUAACCCAGUGGAUAGACCCGCAGAGCCGCAGUUUGGAACCCUUCCAAAAGCACUAACGAAAAAGGAUCAUCCCCCAGCAAUAAACCAUCUAGACUCCAGCAGUAAUCCAUCUUCUACAACCUCCUCCACGCCAUCUUCUCCAGCACCUUUCCAGUCUUCCAAUCCUCCCAGCGCAACGACUCCCCCAAAUCCCUCCCCCAUGGGCCAGCGGGACUGCCGGUUUCACUUUCCAGCUGCCUACUACAUUCAACAUAGACAACAGUUUAUCUUCCCAGAAAUCCCCAGCCCUCCACAAGUAAUACAGCCGCCUGAAACAGCUGAAGACACUAAUGCUGAUGAACAGCUGGACACAGAGGAGGUUGAAGAACCUGAUGCAGAGGUGGAAGAGCAAGAGCCGAAUAAAUCUGAACCGGAGGACGAUGAGGACGAGUUAGACGACUUGCCCAGCAAGCGGCCACACUGGAAAGGGAUGAUCUCCCGCAAAGCCAGCCAGACCAGCGUCUACUUGCAGGAGUGGGACAUUCCCUUUGAACAGAUUGAGUUGGGGGAGCUCAUUGGCCAAGGGCGAUGGGGGAAGGUUUACCGGGGGAAAUGGCACGGAGAGGUGGCCAUCAGGCUGUUGGAGAUCGAUGGGAACAAUCAGGACCAUCUCAAGCUCUUUAAGAAGGAGGUGAUGAAUUACAGGCAGACCCGACACGAGAACGUGGUGCUCUUCAUGGGGGCGUGCAUGCACCCCCCUCAUUUAGCCAUUAUUACCAGCUUUUGCAAAGGAAGGACGCUUCACUCAUUUGUAAGGGAUCCCAAGGUAUCUUUGGAUAUUAACAAAACCAGGCAGAUAGCUCAAGAAAUCCUUAAGGGCAUGGGGUAUCUUCAUGCAAAGGGGAUUGUGCAUAAAGAUUUGAAGUCCAAGAAUGUUUUCUAUGACAAUGGCAAAGUGGUGAUCACCGACUUUGGACUAUUCGGAAUUUCGGGUGUGGUUCAGGAGGGAAGGCGUGAAAAUGAACUGAAACUGCCCCAUGACUGGCUGUGCUAUCUGGCCCCUGAAAUUGUUCGUGAGAUGUCUCCUGGGAAAGACGAAGACAAGCUGCCCUUCUCCAAGGCUGCAGACGUCUAUGCUUUCGGGACGGUUUGGUAUGAGCUCCAAGCAAGAGAAUGGCCUUUCAAGAGCCAGCCAGCUGAAGCACUCAUCUGGCAGAUCGGAAGCGGAGAAGGAGUGAAGCAUGUCCUUGCUACAGUUAGUGUAGGGAAAGAAGUCAGCGAAAUCCUCUCAGCAUGUUGGUCUUUAGACCUCAGCGAGAGACCCAGCUUUACUCUCCUCGUGGAUAUGCUUGAAAAACUGCCAAAACUGAACAGACGGCUGUCGCAUCCUGGACACUUCUGGAAAUCUGCAGAACCCUGGCAUCAUUACUAUACAAAAGGACACUACUCUCAGCAAAGAAUGAACAUUUACUGUCCAGUCAUUGAGAAAUAGAGCUUUCUGAUAUUUUUCCUCUCUGCAUCAAUCUCUGCUUUAAGCAUAAAGCACCAUGAAUCCUUUAUACUUGUCCCAUUAUAGUAAUUUUUCUAAAGCUAUAACACAAAUGUUCUUAAAAAGAACAGGUCAAAUAGAUCACCAGUUAUACAGAUACUGCACGAUGUCCUGCUGCUGGGAAAGCCAAGUGUCUUCUUUGCUCCCUGAAUGCUCCAGCAGCGACAAUGGGACAAUUUAACCUGAGUCCUUGCUAUUGUUGAUUGAGCUCUGACCUUUAAGAAAUGUGAUCAUAGACUCUUCGGGAUUAAUUAUAAAAAUCCAUAGACAAUUUCAAGGGUUGGGUUUUGUUUUUACACAUAUUUGAAAAUGAUGUUGAAACUUAAGCUAAAAUAUGUGAGCACAUGUAUUGCAUAUAAUUACGCUGCUUUUCCUACCUGUGCUUCUGUUAUAAGAGAAAUAGCCCGUUCUUUUUUUCUCCCCUCUGGUCUAAUAAGAUUUUACCUUAGAAAUCCCUCUUUGAUUGCGUUAGCAGCAUUAGAUAGUAAAAGGUGGGCCGGAUCCUGUUUUGUGCAUAAAACUCCCAGUGAAUUCAGUGGCAGUUCCACUUCCGGAGCAGUUACAGGAUGAGGUCAAUAGCUGAUGAAGUUAGUGGAGAUGAAUCCUAUCCCUUUGUGUCUCAUCUCCUGAGAUAUAAUUAACCAGAACAUAGAAUGUGAUCUGUACACUGUCUACUGUCUGAAAAUUCCCACUUACCUUAUAAAGCAUAUCUUAAUAUGGAUGGUUCUAUUUCAUAGCUGAAAGAUGCUAAGAUCAUCAAUAGCUUUUUUGCACGUAGAGAUUUGGGGUCAGAUUUUUAAAGGUGUUUAGGUGCAUAAAGAUGUGGAUACUUAAUGGGGCUUUCAAAAGCACGCACAUGUCUGCUCCCAUCAGACCCUUUAUCUGAAUAGCUUUCCUCUACACACACAGGUAUUUUUAAAAUCUUUUUGAAAGGUGCUAGACUGACAGUCCUGGAGAGGGAAGCCCUCUGUUUAGCUCCAGCCUACCAGCAGCAUGAGUGUUCCUCAACAUGCCUCCGCCCUGUUUGAUAGGGUGGCUGGAUCUCCAACCCCAUUUUGAUUGGCCAGGAAGGACCUCACUGAAUUCCAAAUGUCACUGGGCACUUGCCACUAGGGAUGGGAUUGGGAUCGCCCAUUAUGUCAAAAUGCAGCCACAACCAGCCUUGGCUCACUUCUAACCUGCUAUGUAGAGGUGAAGGGCUCCCUAACCCAUUGCCAAGUCACCGCUGAGCCGUCCAGUUUCCAUUGUGACGUUUCCCCUCCCUUUGUAUUCACUUACACUGAUCCUUCUUUCUGUGACUCUAAAUCAUUUACCCAUUUGGGUGAUGUGACUGCUCAUUGGCUAUGAGGUUUGUCUAGCAAAUCUGACUCAGUGGCGUGUCCAAAAGGAGUCUGCUUUCCUUGCUGUAGAUAACUACAGUACAGAAGAGCACAGUAUUGUACGGAACGUGCAGUAUAUCUUAAAAUGUCCAAUGAUUCUGUUCAGUGACUUUGUUGUGUUGCGCAAUAAAGGACACUUCUGCUAGAUAAGUGGCCACUCUGAAUUGUUAUGAAUGGUCUGGCACCUUUUCGCUAACUUAGCAUUUCCCAAAACUUUGGAAGGUCAAUUUAUGAAUCCAAUAGUGACCCCUGUAGGCCCCAUCCCAUGUGUUCUCAAAGGCAUCCCCAAAAGAAGUGGUCACUGAGGCUUGUCUAUAUGGGGAGAUGGACUGGAACAACUAUGCGGCGCAAGCUAUUCUGCAGUGGCUAUUUUGGAAUAGGUCCCCGUGUGGGCGCACUUCUGGAAUAAAAUCACUUUUAUUCUGGAAUAGUGUGUGGAAUAGCAUAUUCUGCAAUAGCUAGUAUGGCCAAUUUCCCUGUGUAGACAAGCUCUGAGUUUGGGUAGAUCUUCAUAAAUUGAUACUUCCUCUCCUUUUUUGCAUGCUUUUAGUGGUGAAAUUUUGUAAGUGUCAACAGUGUUAAUUAUCAACAUUGGCAUUUAAGUUGGUGCCCGGUGAAUGAAUGGGGCAGUUCACAACUCAGAGCUAUUGUUUCAGGCUCCGUCUGUUUCAGGCAGACAUUACUGGAUUGGUUACGUUCAGGUCAUGUUUUUUGAAGGUUUUCUUCAUAAUCAUAACAGCUAGAGACUGACUUCUCAUUUUUAAAUGCAAGCUGUGUGAUUUCUGAGCCACAAUAAACAGAGGUUCACACCCUCUCUGGCAAAUCGUUUGGGUUCACCAUGCACUUUGUGAAUCACUACACUAACCCCUUGAUUUAUUUUAGGAUAAGCCUCACAAUGUAUAAUUCUCUAAAGCUUGCUUCUAGUGACUGCAAACUAACUCUUAUUGUUGUUUUUUUUUUUUCUU